GUCCAAUCUAGCUGGUGGAAAGAUGUCUCCGGUGUUCGGAUAUUUCCCAGAAUGCAGUCGGAUCUCAGCGGGAAACCAAAAUGGCGAAUUUACUGGGGGAGAGGGAUCAGUUUGUAAUUUUCUAGCACUUUGGAAAUUAGACUGUGAAGAAACUUCUGGUCAUUUUCAGCAGAAGGCCGCUUAUUAGGAGGAAGACGCAAGUCUUUGUCGAGAUAAAACAUUUUACUGUAUGAAGCGGUUUGUCAAGCUGUAGAGACCGAAUGAGAGACGCUACGGGAGUGGGGAAUUUAUCUGUCCACAAAAAAACACAGUCCCACAGAACCCAUAAGACACCUGUGUCCUUGGCUAAACUGCCAUUCAAGGAUGGACAGAAAACAAAAAAGCUUGCCAGGAAAUUUGAAGAAGGCCAGGAUGUCCUAGCCCGAUGGUCAGAUGGCUUGUUUUAUCUUGGGACUAUCGCAAAGAUAAACAAACAUAAACACAGCUGCUUUGUUGUCUUUGAAGACAGUUCGAAAUCCUGGGUUCUCUGGAAGGACAUACAAACUGGAGCCAGUGGUGGUGGGGAGAUGGUCUGCACAAUAUGCCAGGAGGAAAACUCGGAAGCACCAAAUGAGAUUGUUAUCUGUGAUAAGUGUGGGCAAGGGUAUCACCAGACAUGCCAUGCACCAAAUAUUGAUUCCAGUGUGAUUGGAUCGGAUGAGAAGUGGCUUUGUCGCCAGUGUGUUUUUGCAACGACAACCAAGAGAGGUGGCGCUCUUAAGAAAGGACCGAAUGCCAAAGCUCUGCAAGUCAUGAAGCAGGCAUUGCCAUACACAUUGGAGGACCUGGUGUGGGAUGAGGGCCAUAAAACUAAUAUCCAGCAAUGUUAUUGCUAUUGUGGGGGGCCUGGAGACUGGUACCUGAAGAUGCUGCAGUGCAGUAAAUGUAGACAGUGGUUUCAUGAAGCCUGCAUACAGUGUUUCCAAAAGCCAAUGCUUUAUGGAGACAGGUUCUAUGUAUUUAUUUGUUCUGUUUGCAAUUCUGGACCAGAGUACCUCAAACGUCUACCCUUACGAUGGGUAGAUAUAGCACACCUGAGCCUUUACAACCUAAGUGUUAUUCAUAAGAAAAAAUACUUCGACUCAGAGCUGGAGCUGAUGGCAUACAUUAAUGACAACUGGGACAGACUACAACUUUCUGAUCUUGGAGACACUCCAAAAUGUGACAGAUACGAUAAUAUUCUAGAAGCACUAAAUAAAAACAAAACCAUGUUUAUGUCUGGGAAAGAAAUAAAGAAAAAGAAACAUUUGUUUGGGCUGAGAAUUCGUUUUCCACCUGCUCCUCAGAAUACAGACUCGAAAACGACACAAGAGCCAGAGAGAGCUUCCCAUGAAAUCAAAAUCAAGGGCAGAAAGUCUACAAAGCCUCUACCAGACAGCAGUGAAGUCACAAAUGGAAUAGGAAGAAAAAGAAAGUAUGUAGGUCAUUCACUCGAAACACUUGCAAAACUGAGACGGUCCUCAGAGCUCUCAACCCAGGAGCUGGACGAACCACCGGUCUUUGAAAACAAUACCUUGGAUCUGCUUUCUUCAAAAAGCAGGAGUGAUAAAUCUGCACAGUCCUCGAGUACCUCGGAUGUGGAAUCGACUGGUGCUGCAAGCACCACUGAAACUACCUCAACAAGCAUUUCAAGACGGUCGAGCUAUUGUAGCUCCAGCAGAAGAACCCGUGCAGGCAGACUGUGGCCCAUCGCUCGCCCCCCUCUGAGAAGAGGGAGGAGGCGAGGACGACGACCUCGAAGGACACUCCAGACCUCAAACCCUGAGAUCGACGGAGAAGAGGAACCCAAGGACGACUGUCGGUUCUCAGGAUUAGACACCGACCUUGUUAGCAAUUUAGAUCAGGAGGUGCAGCUAAAUCACCUGAAGAAUUCCAUCACUAAUUAUUUUGGUGCUGCUGGAAGAAUGGCUUGUGGGGAAAAAUACCGCGUGUUAGCUCGUCGUGUAACUCUCGACGGGAAAGUGCAGUAUCUUGUGGAAUGGGAGGGAGUUACUGCAUCGUGAGCUUGGAGUUGCAUUAUGUUCACUGCAUAUAUUCAUUCUGUAGGGGCAUGUUAUGUGGCUGAGAAGAAAUGAAUAAUGUGACUGGGUUUUUCUUUAUUUUUAUAAAGGAUCCCAUCUGCCAGUCAAACAUAUUCAGACCAGAAAGUGAUGUACGAGUGGAGGUAUAAUUAGCUCUACUGAAUUUCAGUAUCCUGUGAAGUGGCGCUAGGUUUUCCUUUGUACAAUCUGAUUUUUUUUUUAUUAAAUGAGCAGUAUUGCUUUAGCUGUUGAUGAAUAUAAAAGGAGGAUCCAAAAAUAUUAGUGUGAACGUUUCACAUACAAAUCCACAUAGAUUUGCCCUUUCUUAUAAAGUUGAUUUAAAAUGAAUGAAGGUAAUUAAAAAUAAUAAAUAAAAAAAUUGGUGUUGUGAUUUGGGUAAAAUUAUAAUUUGGCAGAUGUUAGAGGAUCAAAUAGACAGUGUUUUGGUAGCACAAGAUCACUGUCAUAUCCUACAAAAUAUUUUACUGCAUUUCAUGCAUUUUAAAUGAAAUGUAUGUCUUGAUUCUUCUGAAAUGUGAAGGGUGUGUCUGUUACAUUAAUAAAUUAUUGGGGAUCUGGGUUAACAGGAAUAUUUUAAACUGCAACAUUAUUUUUUUUUCAGACAUUUUUGUCAUCCUUUUUGUGAACAGUUUGAUUAAUUGAUUUUGUUAAAUUGUAAUGCAUUUUUAAUUAGUAAACAAAUAUCAAACAGAAGUUACACAGGCAAAGUAACAUGUUAUUGCUAUUGUCCUUCACAGAAGUGGGUGGAAGUUCAAUGUGAAGAGUGUGAUAUAGCUAUACAUAUGUAAACCUCUUAAAUGUAAAUCUUAUGUGACUAGCUGUUAAUGUCUUAACAGAUUCUUGCUGGUUUGUGUUUUAGUAAUCUGUUUCCUAUGCAACUGAAAAUGUUGAAGAACAUAAGAAUAGAGAUUAAUUCAAGUUAAACAGUUUUGCCAUAACUCUACUUCAGGAGGAGUUUGCAAUAUUUAGUUUUGACUCUGGCUCUAAUUUCUGGUGCUAUUGUUUGCAAAUGUGCAUUUAGAAUCAGUCUUAAACUAGUACAUACACAGUUUGUAUUUACCUCUCAGGAUGUCAUCAGCAGUGUUUACUGUACAUAUUUUUUAAACCUGUUUGGAAAUGACAUGGACUGCAUUUUGAUGAAUAGUGGACAAAAGGUGUCGACAGCAAAGCAGCACACAGUGCUGGUUUGGAACUUCCUUUUUGAACAAUAGGAUGCUUGCGGAAACUUUGCCAAUCUCAUGCCCUGUAUAUAUUGUUUAAUGUUCUCAUGUAAUUUUCAGUAGCCUUUUAAAUGCAAUGUGUUGUAUCAAAUGCACAGGGUUUUUGAAGAGUACAUUUGAGGCUACAGUCUUUUACCUUGACAUUGAUACCUCUGUCUUUGUUUUUUUAAAUCCACAAUAUCAAGGAUUUUUAUUUUUUUAAUUUUUUUAUAUACAUGUAAUGAAGCUUUUUUUUGUUGUUGUUUUGCCAGUGUUGGACUUUUAACUUUUUUUUGUUUUCUGCUGGCUUUGAACAGGCUUCUAUGGCCAAAGAAUAAAACCUCUAAAAAUGAACAA